AUGACGUCACACAGUACUCCCAGGUUCACUUCUGCGAUUGCCAGCACCAAGACCACUUCACAGAGUACUCCCAGUUUGACUUCUCUCAUCGCCACCACUGGGACCAGCUCACCCAGUACCCUCGGCUUUAGUUCUUCAAUCGCCACCACUGAGACAACCUCACACAGUACUGCCGGCUUCACUUCUUCGAUUGCCACCAGCGAGACCACGUCACACAAUACUCCUGGCUCCACUUCUUCGAUCGCCACCACCGAGACCACCUCACACAGUACUCCCAGCUUCACUUCUUCUAUCACCACCACUGAGUCCACCUCACACAGUACUGCCAGAAUCACUUCUUCGAUCACCACCACCGAGAUCAUUUCACGCAGUACUCCCAUCUACACUUCUUCCAUCGCCACCACUGGGACACCCUCACACGCUACUCCCAGCUUCACUUCUACCAUCACCACCACCACCGAGAGCACAUCUCACAGUGAUCCCAGCUUGACUUCUGCCAUCACCACCACUGAGACCCAGUCAUACAGUCCUCCCAUCUUCACUUCUUUGAUCACCACAACAGAGACCACCUCACACAGUACUCCCAGCUUCACUUCUUUGAUCACCACCACCGAGACCACCUCACAGAGUCUUCCAGGCUUCACUUUUUCAAUCCCCACCACCGAGACCAGCUCACACAGUCCUCCCAGCUUCACUUCCUCCAGUACCACCACUGAGACCCCUUCACGUAGUCCUCCUGCCUUCUCUUCUUCAAUUGACAACUCCAAGACCACCUCAACCAGUCCUCCCAGAUUCACCGCUGCGAUCGCCACCACCAAGACCACCUCACGCAUUACUCCCAGGUUCACUUCUGCGAUUGCCAGCACCAAGACCACUUCACAGAAUACUCCCAGUUUGACUUCUUUCAUCGCCACCACUGGGACCAGCUCACACAAUACCCUCGGCUUUAGUUCUUCGAUUGCCACCACUGAGACAACCUCACACAGUACUGCUGGCUUCACUUCUUCGAUCGCCACCAGCGAGACCACAUCACACAAUACUCCUGGCUUCACUUCUUCGAUCGCCACCACUGAGAACACCUCACACAGUACUCCCAGCUUCACUUCUUCAAUCACCACCACUGAGAUCAUCUCACAUAGUACUCCCAGCUACAUUUCUUCGACUGCCACCACUGAGACACCGUCACACAGUACUCCCAGCUUCUCUUUUUCAAUCGCGACCACUGAGACCAUAUCACACAGGACUCCCAGGUUCACUUCUUUGAUCACCAGCACUGAGACCACCUCACACAGUACUCCCAGCUUCACUUCUUCGAUCACCAGCACUGAGACCACCUCACGCAGUCCUCCCAGCUUCACUUCCUCAAGCACCACCACUGAGACCCCUUCACAUAGUCCUCCUGCCUUCUCCUCUUCAAUUGACACCUCCAAGACCACCUCAACCAGUUCUCCCAGAUUCACCUCUGCGAUCGCCACCACCAAGACCACCUCACACAACAACCUCACACAGUACUGCCGGCUUCACUUCUUCGAUCGCCACCAGCGAGGCCACGUCACACAAUACUCCUGGCUUUACUUCUUUGAUCGCCACCACCGAGACCACCUCACACAGUACUCCCAGCUUCACUUCUUCAAUCACCACCACUGA